AUGGUUGACAUCACAUUAGAAGCAAUGAAACCUGCAUUUCCUCCUUCCACCACUCCAUCUCUUGUGUCACAAGAAGUAUUUGCAUCGACGUCUUCCACAACCUGUCCAUCACCACGAGAAUUUAAUACAAAAUACUACACGAGCUUCCUCAAAGAUAAAAUCAAAGCGUCAAUUACAACAGCAGGUCAUAAUUACAUCUUCAAUUGA